CUAAAAUUGUGAAUUUUUUUGAGAUUUUUUGGAAUUAUUGCAGCAUUUCCAAUUAAAAAUGGAUCAUUAUUGAAGAAUUAAGGAUUUCAGUCACCAAUACAAUCAAAUUUCAUCACAAAUCACAAUAUUAUUGGAUAAAUCAAUCAAAUGGAAGUGUCGUACAUAGAAAUCAACGAAUGUUGCCGAUGCUGCAUGAACUACACUGAAGAACUUGACAAUAUCUUCGAAUGCUUCUACAAAGAGCUGCAACUGCAUGAGAUUCUGAGUUUAAUAACUGGAUUGAACAUAGCACUUGAUGAUGGCUUCCCACAGUCAAUCUGUGACACAUGCAAAGACAACGCAAUGCGAGCUUUCGACUUCCGAGAAACUUGCAUCAAGUCAGACACAGAAAUCCAGGAACUCAAAGAAAAUGAAGCCAAAAUUGAUGAAAUCACAGAAACACAGUCAAUAAUUGAGGAAACACAGCAGGAAAUAAUCAUCGAGGCAGUCAAAGACGAUGAGUUCCUAGACAUUCAGAAAAGUUACUUCCAAUGUCCACUUUGUCAACAAGCAUUUGAGUCAUCUGAGAUGCUUGCCAUACACGUAGCAAGCAGUCACCGUGCAGAUGUUGAGAAAGUCGAUGUUAAGACAGCAGCAGCAACAACAAUAGGAAGGAAGUAUGACUGUAAAAUUUGUGAAAAGAAAUUUGAAUCUCCGUGGAAACUAAGAAGGCACUUCUUGGUCCACAAAGAUAUUUUAGAUCCAUCAGUCUUACCAAAAUUCCCACCACGCGAAUACAAGCAUGAAUGUCCAGAAUGUGGCAAAAAAGUCGAGACUCCAUCAAAACUUCAACGUCACAUGUCGGUUCAUGACAAAAAAAGUCGACUAAAUGGGGUCAACCAGCAUCGACCCUUUGGAUGUUCAGACUGUCCACAAAGAUUCUGGGAUAAAGUUAAAUUGGACAGGCACAGUUACAUCCACAGCGAUGACUGUGAGAAUUCAAAGAUUAAACAUCCAGCUGGUCACAUGUUUACGUGCGUGAUCUGCUUGACACAGCUGCCUGAUUAUGAGGAAUGUAAUGAGCAUAUGAAGGCACAUCGUGAAGAGCUUGGUGAAAAUUCGGAAGUAAAUUGUCGGCUCUGCAAUCGGAACUACCCAAAAUUAGCAAAUGUCAUUAGACAUUCCAAGCUACAUGCUGAAAAUGCCACAAAUCAGUGCACAUUUUGUGGUAAAAAGUUUGGAUUUGGUGAUGACUUUAUUGAUCAUGUUUUGAGACACAAAGGCUUCAAACCGCACAGCUGCACACAUCCAGGAUGUAAAAAGUCAUUUAUGAAGGCACACAAGCUGCGACUGCAUGAAGCCACUCACAACCAAAACUCUUCGAAAUGCUUCGAAUGCGAUAAAUGUGAUAAAAAGUUCUCAGAAAUUGAGUAUCUUAAGAAGCACCUGUUCAGGCACUUAGGGAUCAAGUCAUUCGAAUGUAAUUUAUGUCCAGCAAGGUUUGCUGUUAAGGCUGGACUAGAUUCACAUACGACGACACACACGAAUGAGAGGAAGUUUGCAUGCAGCGAAUGUCCUGCGAAAUUUACUAAAGUUCAGACAUUAAAGCUGCAUAUGAAGAUUCAUAGGAAUGAGAAAAGUUAUGCAUGUGAAUUUUGCAACAUGAAGUUUGUAGCUUCAGGUCCAUUAAAGAGGCACUUGAGGAUUCAUACACAGGAGAAGCCUUACAAGUGUGAGUACUGCAUUAAGGCCUACGCACAGUCCAACGACCUCAUCAAGCAUUUGAAGGUUCACUUAGGUCCAAAUGUCUAUUCAUGUCCAAUGUGCUCGCAAAGCUUUGCUAAAUUCAAGCAACUCAAGGACCACAAAAUGGAACAUUACAAAAGUGACUCAAAUUUAUUGAAGGAAAUCCGAAGGAAGGAGGAAAGUGUUGAGGAUGACAUUGAGGACGAAGACGAUGUGGACAAUUUUGAUGGUGAAAAUAUCGAAUAUUUGUGAAUUAAUUAUUUAUAAAAAUAAAAAUUGAUAAUUUGAUGGGAA